AUGUCGGCUUUCGACUACCACUCGUUCGUGGACUUCAUGCAAGCAGCGGUUUCGGCCGGGUUGUCGCCGCAAACCAUCGACAAGAUGAGCGAGCUGGGGUUCGAAAGCAUACAUGAUGCGGCACUCCGCGCGAAGCACGUCGACCAUCGACUCGCCGGUGAGAUCGAGGUCAUGUUGGUCAUGUCGGGGUACAAAGACCACAUGGAAGCCAGCCAAGGGAGCGCCCCGCCCCGCGGACCCGCGCCGCGGUUUGAGCAGCCUGCUCCGAGAACCUCGGCUGGCGGCAUGUUGAACAAGGCCUUGGCAGCCGCUGACCCGCUCAACUCGGAGGAGGCCUUGCGAGACUUUCGGGACAAUGUGUACGCCCGCUCCGCGCGGGCCCCGAAUGACGCUCGCUGGGUCACAUGGUGCAAAAUUUGCGCGGCCUGGGGAAUCAGCCCCGUGCCUCUGACCGCCGAUACCAUCGAGAAGGUCGGCACGAGUUUUCGCAGCGGGGGAUACCGCAGCUCCGCUCAGUACUUCUCUCGGGCUCGCAAGGAGCACAUACAUGUCACGGGCCAAGCUGUCCCCCCGCCCGUGGAACUGGCGAUACGCGACGCCAUCAGGUCCAUUGAGCGAGGCAUGGGCACCAACUCCCCCAAGGACGCCUUUCGCCUCGACUCCCUCGACAUCUGCAUUGACCUGCUCGAGGAAAGGCUCCGCUUUCACCAUGCCAUGGUGGUCCUGGGAUCCUGGUUUCUUUGCCGCGAGAUCGAGCUCUCCGCGCUCCGGGUCAAGCACAUGACUCUCGACUCCGAAAGAAAGCAAGUAUGCCUCACCCUGUCCGCGAGCAAGAACGACACCGUGGGGUCAAUGGUGCAGCGAAGACACUCGUGCUAUUGCGGCACCAUCCCGGAGACGAUCUGCCCCUACCACGCGGCGCUCCGCAUCGCCGACCAGUGCUCUUCCGACUCCGAGGAUUUUAUUUUCGCAGCCGACACUGGCGAGCCCAUGACGAAGGCACAGACGAUCGAGGCGAUCCACGCAGUUCUCACCGCGGCCGACGUGCCACUGACCAGAGCCGGAGCUCCCCUCGAGCCCGAGGUGAACAGGUUCGGGGGACAUUGUCUUCGAGUCUCGGGCGCCCAACACCUGUGUCGCAUGAGGAUACCGGUGAGCACGAUCAUGUUGCUCGGGAGAUGGGGGAGUCGCGCGAUCGAGCGCUACGUCCAGGACACCGAACUCGAGGACGCCCUCUACGGCAUUGCGGCUGCCGGCCUUCCGACCUUGCCGCCUGGUCCUGCAGCCCUCAAGGACAAGGCGCACGACUCCCCUCCCUGGACCCUCGUGCAUAACCUGGAGGAGUCCGAGCCAGCGCCUCCGCCUCGACCGACGAAGAAAGCUCGCUCAACAAAGACAGACGCAGAGGACAAAGAGGCCGUGGCAGCAAUGAUCGGAUCGCUUGACGACAUAGCCGCACGCCUCGAGUUGAUCCAGGACAGGCCGGACCUGGUUUGCAAGCGCAAGGCACACAUGAGGGACCCCGAGGAGUCCUCACGACCGCCAGCGAAAUGGCGUGCUCGCUGCGGCUGGCCGUACGGGUACUCCAACUUCACCCGGGCACAUGACGAUGGUUCUCAGAACCUGUGCCUCAAGUGCUUCCCCGAGGCAGGGGCAGAAAGUCGCAAGAAGGCGGCCGGGCAGCAGCCGUCCGACACGGAGUCCACUGACAGCUAUGACUCCUCUUCUAGCUGA